CAACUUUCCAACUUCCUGCAAACCUUUUUAUAUUAUCACUGUUGCAUACUCUACUAUGUCCACCACUAGCUCAGCUCCUCCCCAUCAACCCCCUGCUACUGAUCCUGAACUGACAGACUUUUUGCUGCGUCUGCGCAAGAAGAACACUGAUCCUGUUGCUCACAAAUCUACUGUGGACUCGUACGCCAAGUACUGGGAUGUUGAUCACAAGCAAGGUCUUGAGAACACUGAAGAUUCCGUUGCUGAGCGUCGCAAGGACUCUGACAUUCUAACAAAUCACUUUUACGAUCUAGUUACUGAUUUUUACGAAUAUGGAUGGGGCACUUCGUUCCAUUUUGCUCGUAUGUUUAAAUACUCGUCUAUCCAGCAUUGUCUUGCCCGCCAGGAAGAUUAUCUUGCACUGAAACUUGGUCUUGGUGCUGGCAUGAAGUGCAUUGAUGUUGGCUGUGGUGUUGGUGGCCCACUUCGUGAAAUAGUUAAAUUCUCUGGUGCUCAUGUUACUGGUCUUAACAACAAUGCUUACCAGGUUAAGCGUUGCCAUUAUCUUGCUGAAAAGCAUGGCAUCUCUAAUCUUUGUGAUGCUGUCAAGGGUAACUUUGAGGACAUGCCAUUUGAAGCCAACACGUUUGAUGCCGCAUACGCUAUUGAGGCUACUUGCCAUGCUCGCCGUCUUGAGAAUCCAUACAGUGAAGUUUUCCGUGUUCUCAAACCAGGUGCAAAGUUUGCUUGCUACGAAUGGCUUACCACCAAGGCAUAUGACGAAAGCAAUCUGUCUCAAAAAAAAAUCAUUCAUGGCAUUGAGGAGGGUAAUUCGAUUGCAAAGUUGUACACUAUUCCCCAAACCAUUGCGGCGCUCAAGAGCAUUGGAUUCGAAAUUCUCGAAUAUGCUGAUCUUGCCGAUCCCAAGUCUGCCAUGUACGAGGCUCAAGACCCAUGGUACACUCCUCUCGAGGGCAGCUACUCUUUGAAUCUUGAGAGCAUUGCUCGGUGGAGGAUGAAUCCAGUUGGAAGAAUUGUUACCAGUGCUAUGGUAUAUGCACUCGAGGUUCUUAGACUUGCCCCAGCUGGCUCACACAAGGUUUCUCAGAUUCUUAACAACGCUGCCGAUUCGCUGUCGCUUGCUGGUCGGCAAGAGAUUUUUACCCCCAUGUUCUUCUUUGUUGCCCGCAAGCCUUUGAACGCUUAAAAUAUCGAUUCCUGUCUUUUAGUUCUAUUCAUCUCUUAUGUAUCACCUACCUAUCUUGUUCCUGUUACCCUUGGGGCUUAUUAUUUUGUUUUUUCAAGAGAGUAAUUUAAACGUUACCGCGAGGGUUUUUGUUGUAUAGCUUUAGCUAGAUCAGCAAAUGCUUAAUCUUUAACACAAUAAAUGCUUUUAAAGAGUGCUGUGGAUAGACAGUGAAU